AUACCAGUUGCUGUUACUAUUGAUACCUGAGCCAAAGUGGUGAUGCUGCCUGAGGGAAAUUUCUGCAGUUCGUAAGUCAACAACUAUAUGAUUGUGAGCCAUGCCGUUAGUGAAGCGGAACAUCGAGCCCCGGCACUUGUGCCGGGGAGCCCUGCCCGAAGGGGUUGCCAGUGAACUUGAAUGUGUGACCAAUAGUACUCUUGCUGCUAUCAUCCGCCAGCUAAGCAGUUUAAGCAAACAUGCUGAAGACAUAUUUGGCGAGUUGUUUAAUGAGGCUAACAACUUCUACAUCAGAGCAAAUUCUCUUCAAGACAGAAUUGAUCGUCUUGCUGUCAAAGUUACCCAGCUGGAUUCAACAGUGGAAGAGGUGUCACUACAGGAUAUCAACAUGAAAAAAGCUUUCAAAAGUUCCACAGUUCAAGACCAGCAGGUGGUUUCAAAGAACAGCAUUCCUAACCCUGUUGCUGACAUCUAUAACCAGAGUGACAAACCACCUCCCCUGAAUAUUCUAACACCAUACAGAGAUGAUAAAAAGGAUGGGCUGAAGUUCUAUACUGAUCCUUCCUAUUUCUUUGACCUAUGGAAAGAAAAAAUGCUACAGGAUACAGAAGACAAAAGGAAAGAAAAAAGGCGUCAGAAGGAGCAAAAGCGUAUAGAUGGCACAACCCGUGAGGUGAAAAAGGUUAGAAAAGCCAGAAACAGGCGCCAGGAGUGGAAUAUGAUGGCAUAUGACAAAGAGCUUAGACCCGACAACAGGUUGUCUCAGAGUGUGUACCAUGGAGCAUCUUCCGAGGGAUCCCUGUCCCCGGACACUAGGUCCCACGCCUCGGAUGUCACAGAUUACUCUUACCCGGCUACUCCCAACCAUUCUCUGCACCCGCAGCCUGCGGCCCCUUCCUACGCAGCUGGUGAUGCGCCCCCGCACGGGCCAGCAAGCCAGGCCUCGGAGCUUGAGCACCGGCCCUCGUCGGCCUCGGCCAGGCACGCGGCCCUCAACAGGCCGCAGCAGCCGCCACCGCCGCCUCCCCCACAGGCAGCAGAGGGGCCCCAGGCCUCCGCACCCCUGGCGCCAUCUGACUACGGGAUGCUUCCAGCACAGAUAAUUGAAUAUUACAACCCCUCAGGGCCACCGCCUCCUCCACCACCUCCUAUGAUUCCUUCAGCACAAACUGCCUUCGUUAGCCCUCUCCAGAUUCCCACGCAGCCCUCCUUCCCCACAUCAGCUGGCUCCUCCUACACCGCUCCUCCUCACCCUCCUUCCACUGGGCUGGUGGUCACAGCCCCACCGCCUCCAGGCCCACCUCCUCCCCCAGCAGGCCCUCCUGGGGCAGGCUCUUCUCUCUCCUCCUCCCCCAUGCAUGGCCUCCCAGUAGAGGCAAAGCGACCAGAAACUGCACAACCACCAAUAAGUGAUGCUCGAAGUGAUCUUCUUGCUGCUAUUCGCAUGGGAAUUCAGCUGAAAAAGGUGCAAGAGCAGCGUGAGCAAGAGGCCAAGCGUGAGCCAGUAGGGAAUGAUGUAGCCACCAUCCUGUCCAGACGCAUUGCUGUGGAGUACAGCGACUCUGACGACGACUCCGAGUUCGAUGAGAAUGACUGGUCUGACUGAGAUGGCGCCAGAGCAGGCCACGCGGCAGGCCGAGGGCUGGUAUGAGGCAGCUUUCCAGCCAGGACCCAGUGCACCGGAAGUGCUGAAAACCUUAGGUGGUCUCAGCACACAAAUAGUGGUAUUAUAACCCUGUAGCUUAGCAACUUUUGUAUUAAUAAUGUGAUAUUGCUUUUGCACAUCCAAAUAUUCUGGGUUUUUUCAGUAUUUACUGUGUAAUACUUAAGUGCCACUAAACAUAGCAAAUCGUGCUGCACAUGAGGAAAUAUGCUAUAACUAUUGCAUUGUCCUGAAAACAGCAUUUUGCUUCCUUUUUCUUGGCCAUGAAAGUAUUUAGUGCAGUUUGGGUUUUAUCUUAUUGACCAUUAUAAUUUGGCAGACUCGCUGUGUGUUUGUGAAGCUGCCUGGUGUUAGGUCUUUGCAAAAUUAAUGACUGUCAGAGUGAUGUCUUCCAAUCAGUAAGUGGCAUUGUUUUACCUGUUAUUUUCAAUGUGUUUUAAAAGAAGCUGGUCUAGAAAGAUUUAACAAGCAAAGAGAAUCAAAUAUUUCUGCUUUCAGUUUCUUGGUUUGGUAUCCUCUGUGAGUUUGAAUGUUCUGUUGAAUAAUUCCAUUGCCUUUGCACGCUCUUGUAAAAUGUGAAGUUAGAAGGGCCUUUUCAGGCAGGAUCCCCUGUGGGCAUUCACUUAGUAAAUGCUUGUUGAUUUUUUAAAGAGGUUUUAGCAGCUCCGUAAUAAUGACAAUGAAGACCGAGGUCCUUUUUCCUUCAGGGACUGUUGGGGGUAGCACUCAGACUUUGGGCAUCCCUCACAGCUUGGACGCCAGCCAAGCAGAACAGGCAGAAGAGCUGCAGGAUCCAGCAGGACAGCGAGUGUUAGCCCUGGUGCAUCGCCUGCUCAUUCUGUUCGCCAGGAGCCGGGACCCAAGCGAGGCCAGUCGGCCUUCUCUGCUCCAGGCCCAGCGGCCCAAGAGCGCUGAGAUCACACCUCACUGUCAUGAUCGUAGGCUUAGGCACCAGCGGACACAGACAGCUGUUCGCUUUCCUGGCUCUCUGGCCAGAUGAGGCGUCUGUCACAAGCAGGGCCCUCUCUCGAUCCUAGAAGCACACGGUUCUCUUUUCUCAUAUUGACGUUAGCACAUUAAAAUUGAAGAAGUACCUCACAAAUGUGUCCCUCUUGGACCAGUAGCUGUAGCAGAUCACUGUCACUUUUGCCUUUCCCCUUCUUCCCAAUGGCAAUGCUGGACACCUAUGGGGUUCAUUUUCCUCGCAAAGGCAGACCGUGGGGAGACUUAAUCUUGUGAUUCAGGAUGAAGGAUAACUUUGUUUAGAAUAAAUAAACGCCUCAGGCUUUGAUGAUAGAUGUGACUUCACAAAUAUACUAAGACACUUUACUAAGGAAUUCUGACAGUAUUUCAAAGGGACUGUAGUUAUUAGUGACUCUCAGUGGUGAUGAGGGAAUGUUUCUUUAAAAUCAGAGUGGUUUGGGUUGAUGGUAGGAAUGUAAACAGGGCCAUCAGUAACGGAUUUUUUUUUUUUUUUUUUUUUUUUUGUGAAUGAGUUCUGAGCAAAUCAACCAGCCCCUCAAGUCACAUUCAUUUGCUGCUGACGGGGCCCAUGUCUGACUUGAGGGUGGUCAGCAUAUGAAGCAUAGACACUGGGUUUUAGUUGCAUAGAUUUUGGAAGGCCGAUGCCUGCAUGCCCUUUCCUGGAACACCACCACACUGGUGCAGAGUCUGCCACUGUGCUGGAGGCUUGGCACAUGCACCUUGGGGCUAGGCACCCCGUGGUCGCCGUCAGGAUUUUAUUGGAUAUUAGUAAUAGCUAUUACUGGCAUUUUUAAUUUCCCUUUUUCCCAGUGUAGAGGCCUACUGUGUUGGAACUUUUACCAUGUUUAGUCUCAUUUUUGUCUUCAUUACCAACAUCUUAUUUUCUCACUGUUACUUCUGAGUAAGUGCUGCAUAAUUCUAUAACUUACAUUUGAUAAUACUUCUUUGUUUUGAAUGUCCCUUCUGUUCUCAGGUUGGAGAGAACUCAUAAAGGUACUGCCCAUAUCAGCAUUUGUUCUGUUUAUAUCUUAUUAUGAUAAAAUUAGUGGCACUUUAUUCAUAAAUAUUCAUAAACCUAUUAAUUAUUAGUUGUCUUCCUGUAGUUGAAUCAGCAAGUUAUUUUCAGCUCCUUUUUUCUGACUAGUGAAAAAGCUUUUGCCCUGAUGUGUUAUGUAGCCUGUAAAAGAAUGGAAAGGAACGAAAACCCAAUUUAGAUUAUUGUUACAGUGUUUUUUUCUCAGCAAAUUUGAUUUAGUCUAAGAUUUAAAUCUAGAAUUUUCCUGACGUUAUUACCUGAAAAAGUAAAGGUUUUGAAUUUUCAGUUUCAGGAAGUAUUUACCAAAAUAGAAGCAAAGCAGUUCCUGUAUUUUACAUUUAAAAUAUUUAUAUAUUAUAAAGUUAUUUUAAGGUCUGCAGCUCUUCCCUUCCCCUCCCCGCACCCAUUUUAGUUUAAUUUCCUGAGUUUUCUCUUAUAGAUUUAGGCAAAGGGGAUGAAAUGAUAACUCAGCACCAUAAAGGAGCUGAGCAAAUGAUGUUCCAUCAUUAGCCCCCCACCACAUUUGGUACACUUGUUUUUCUUUUAUAAGUAUAGUAUUAGACAAUUAACAUGUUCAUUUCAUAAAUAUUUUAGAAUAUCAAAAUCUUUUCUGGGCACGAAGUGGCUAGGUUGUGAAAGUUUUGUAAUAAUUUGCAACUGAUAUACAUGAUACAUUUUAAUCCAUUAAAGACUAGUGAGAAUGUAUCAGCCAGAGUAGAAAGUAAUUUUUGUUUUAUAAAUCAGAGUAUCUGUCAUCUUGCAGUAUUACCAAUGCUGUUGUAAAUUGAAUAUAAAGUGGUAUUAAUAAAAAAACUCCUGUUAAACAAUUUUUAUCUGUUUGUAUAUCUUACUAUAGAUUAUGUACAAGUAACAUCUAAAUAAAAUUACACUUU